AUGGUUAGACGUUUCUUGCGUGUUUCAUUCAAGGUUAAGUUGCUAUUCGAGGAGAAGAGAGCUCUUGACGAAGCCAACAAGAGGCUGCUGUGCUUGCUGGAGAAGGAGCAGAAGCAUGGGUCUGAAACAGAGCAGCACUCUGCCACUAAUCCCACCAAGCACAAGUGCAAGUCGUCGAGCCCCGUCGGGCUGGCCAUCGAUUUCAACAGCGCGGAUGCGUCGAGGCAGCCAAACUCUCCAGACUGCGGGGUGCAGAAGAAGUGA